AUGCAUAAGCUAUUGAUUGCGGCGCGCGUAUGCCACGGCGAGGUGGUGAGCACCAGGCUCGGCAGUGCUGCUGCCACACGCGACUGUGGACAAGCUCGCAUCGAAGCUGCUGUCAAUGGCGAUGUUGGAGUCAGAAGCAGAUCACACAUGCAAUCCCCACGCCCACGAGCAAACGUCUCAAACCAUGUUCAACGCCGCUCUGGCCGGAGAAGCAGAUCUAUCGAUGCGUUAAUUGGGGGCCUGCACGUCGGCAAAAGGAGUGAUUUAGCAUGCUUCUGCCAACACAUGUGGAGAUUUGGCAACGCGCACUACGAGCAUGCCCUCUCGGUUAUGCGGCGCAGGCUGCUCGCCGACAGAUUCGAUGCAUUGACAGUCACGAGCAUGGGCUAUCACGAGCGUUGGCAUCACGAGCAUGGGCAGGCAGUGGGUCACCGACUCGGCUUUAGAUUCCAAGGAUGUACACCUAGAUUGAUGAGCGGCCGCUAGGAACGGCAGCGGGAAGUGGGGCCCGGCCGCUGGAUGGUCGUUCGUCGACAGCUUCACGAGCGCUUGGGAAUCGAGAAUCCGUGACUGCAAUGCCGUCUAAUGUACUUGAUCGCAGCAAGUGCUGA